AGAGCGAUGAUUGUUCGGUAACAGCCGAUGAUGCUUCUCGAGUCUCUCUCGACUAGUUCUGUAAAAGUUGGUUUCAUUGCAGCGUCGGUAAAUUACAAAUCCGAGACGUUGCGCUAGUAGUAGCCUAGUAGAACUAUAAAAAAGGUACAAUUUCAGCGUUUGUCCUACCCACCAAAUUCGCAUCUCCUACAGUCAAACAACGGUUUCUUGGUUUUGUCGGAAAAUCAAAGUUUAUCUGGAAUAGAACAAAGAACAAGAUAUGAUGAUUUGUUACUCUCCAGUCACAACAUGUUCUAGGAAUGUUAUCCAUAUCAAGAGGCAUUUGAGCACUCACCUUCGAGGAUCAUCAUAUAAACUCCGCUGUCACAGUCUUUUCUCAGGGCUUUCGAGAAAAGAUUAUGCCGGUUUUGGUGUAUCCAUCUCUAGUAGUGUGCUGGAUAAAGGACUUUGUGGGUCGGUAUUGAUCAAUCGAUCAACCGUUGGUCCUAAGGAAAAGCUUGAAGUUUCUUUCUUGUCACCUGAUGCCAAAAGGAAAUGCUCUGAGAUAAACAGCAACAUGAGAAACCUCUAUUGGUUUUCAAGAUUUGCUUAUACGGGUGUGGUUGUUAGCUUGCUUGUUUGUUAUUCUUCGGCUUCUCAAUCAGCUUAUGCAGAUGCGUCAAGGGAUAACAGUUCGUCUGAUGGUAAAUUCCACAAUGGGAAAAGAGUCUACACUGAUUACUCUAUCAUUGGUAUUCCUGGGGAUGGUAGAUGCUUGUUUCGUUCUGUAGCUCACGGGUUUUGCUUACGCUCUGGACAACGGGCUCCAGGCGAGAAGACACAAAGAGAACUCGCUGAUGAAUUACGUACAAGGGUUGCUGAUGAGUUUAUUAAAAGAAGACAGGAAACAGAAUGGUUUGUGGAAGGAGAUUUCGACACAUACGUCAGACAAAUGCGGAAGCCACAGGUGUGGGGAGGUGAACCAGAACUCUUCAUGGCUUCACACGUUCUUCAGAUGCCAAUCACAGUGUAUAUGAAGGACGAGAAAGCUGGAGGAUUGAUAUGCAUUGCAGAAUAUGGUCAAGAAUACGGUAAAGACGAUCCAAUCCGAGUCCUUUACCAUGGUUUCGGUCAUUACGAUGCUCUACUGAUUCACGAGGAGACAUUGGAGCUAAGGAAAGUGACAAAAAAGUCGGACUAGUAGAGCUAACAGCCACCCACCCUUGAGAUAGUUGGAAGUCGUAAGUGACAGUCUCCAGACCAUAAUAAUUAAUAAGCAUCAUUUUUUUUUAUCUAUUAGAUGAUCUAAGUUUAAUCAUGAUAUAUGAAAUUAUGAAUGACAAAAGAGUUAAAGAUUUAAUUUUAAUAUAUAUCUCAAA